UCUUGGUUCCGCAGGCUGAAGUUGUUACCAUCCCAUCCCCGUCUCAUAACCGAUCGCACUGACCGCUAUCAUCGCCCAUCAUGUUUGGCUCCAAGGUUCUUCCUGCCAUUCUCUUGGCAAUCGUAAACGUAUCAGCCCUCGCAGUGGAAAAGGUUAACACGAGGCAAGAUCAAACUUGCGUAGCUACGUGCGGCAAGAUUUGUUACUGGCAAGAAGAUAUCGACGAAGCCGUAAAGCAAGGAUAUUCCUUGCACGAGGCCGGCCAGACUGUCGGUUCAAACGACUACCCUCACCAAUUCAACAACCGCGAAGGCUUUGACUUCCCUGGGCAGGCCCCUUAUUACGAAUUCCCUAUCCUAAGCAGCUUCGACCCCUACGACGGAGGCAGCCCCGGCGCGGACCGUGUCGUUUUCAACGAAGCCGGUGACUACCAAGGUGCUAUUACGCACACCGGAGCAAGUGGUAACAACUUCGUAGAGUGCACCUAAGUGCGUACAGCUCGAGUUGAGGGGAGUAAAGCUCAGUUUCGCC